AUGGAGAUGACAAGCUUCACUAAGGAUCAGAUCAUGGUGCGGGAAGCCGUCAGUCAGGUCUGCUCGCAGUUCCCAAACGCGUACUGGCGGGAACAUGACGAGAAGGGACAGGACCCCGAAGAGUUCCACGCGGCUCUGGCAAGAGACGGCUGGCUGGGCAUCGCGCUGCCCGAGGCUCUGGGGGGUGCCGGACUGGGCAUUUCCGAGGCGACCAUGAUGAUGCAGACCAUAGCCGAGUCCGGGGCCGGCAUGGCGGGCGCGCAGGCCAUCCACGCCAACGUCUACGCAACCCAGCCGCUGGCCAAGUUUGGCUCGGCGGAGCAGUUGCAAGAAACCAUUCCCAACGUCAUCUCGGGCAAAUGGCGGGUUUGUUUCGGGGUGACAGAGCCCGACGCGGGCCUGAAUACGCUGAGCCUGUCGACAAUGGCGGACCGCAUCGACGGCGGCUACAGCGUGACGGGUCAGAAGAUAUGGAUUACUUGCGCACAAGUGGCGUCCAAGAUGAUGCUCCUGGCCCGGACGACGCGGCGAGACAUGGUCCGCAAGCCGAGCCAGGGGCUCUCGCUCUUCUGCAUCGACCUAGAUCGGAGCCGGCCGGGCCUGACGAUGCGCAAGAUCAAGAAGAUGGGCGGCCGAGCCGUUGACGCCAACGAGGUCUUCUUCGACAACUACCGCAUUCCCGAGACGGCGCGCAUUGGCGCCGAGGGCAAUGGCUUCAAGAUUGUUCUCCACGGCAUGAACGCCGAGAGGUGUCUACUGGCCGGCGAGGCGCUGGGACUCGGCUAUGCGGCGCUGACCCGGGCCGCGACGUACGCGCGCGAAAGAGUCGUCUUCGAGCGGCCCAUCGGCAUGAACCAGGGCAUCGCGCACCCGCUGGCGGACGCCUACAUGCGGCUCGAGGCGGCCAAGCUGGCAACGUACCGUGCCGCGCGCCUCUACGAUGCCAGCGGCGUCGCGGCGGCGGCCGAUGGGCAGUCGGAACGGCAGGACGCCGCCGUAGGCAUCGCCGCCAACAGCGCAAAGUACUUGGCUGCCGAGGCCGCCUUUGUCGCCUGCGAGCGCGCCCUCCUCACGCACGGGGGCAUGGGAUAUGCGGCCGAAUAUGACGUCGAGCGCUGGUUCCGGGAGUGUCUGGUGCCGCGUAUCGCGCCCGUCAGCCGAGAGAUGAUUCUCAACUAUGUUGGUGAAAAGGUGCUGAAGCUUCCGAGGAGCUACUGA